AAAUACUCUAUUUACUUAAACACCUAAAAUGGCGACCGAAAAUAAGGAAAAUGCUGUUAAUUCAGUAGAAACUGAAACGGAAGAAAACGAAGACGUACAAGAACUGAAAGGAAAGAAAGUGGCCAAACAUGAUUCUGGUGCGGCGGAUCUAGAAAAAGUGACAGACUAUGUCGAAGAAACCGAAAUAUCCGCCCAAAGUAUUGGCGACGCAAUGAGAGUGGUGAAUGUUCGGAAAGCGCAAGAGGUUUCAGAAAAGCAAGCGAAAGAAAAAGAACUGUCUAAGGUGAAAAUUAGCAAAGAAGAUGUAGACAUUAUUGUGCGUGAAAUGGAGAUCCCAAGAUUGCACGCUGAAAGAUGUCUACGAGAAUACAAAGGGAAUGUUGUGGAAGCCUUAGUGGCAUUGACAAACUGAGAACACGUGAUAAUCUUAUUAAUCAUUUUGGUGGAACUGUCAGUGUCAUGCAGUGAACCGAAAUUCAUGGAUGAAGAAAACUGCCAGAAUUAGAAUAUCAUUGAGAUUCAGUCAUCAGAGUUGGCGGUUAAAUUGUUUUGUUGGAAAGGAACGUGUUUUAUUUAUUUCCAUAUUAUCAUAUACUUUUAUUUCAAGAACAAUACAUGGAGACUCAAUAUUAUGAAUAUAAAACAAAGCUAUAUUUUAUACCAGAUACUUAUACUUUAAUUCUAGUGUUCUUCUAUCAUUAAUAUUAUUAAAAAUGUUGACUACAAACCUUGAAAAGUCCUUAAAUUUUGCAAAUAUAUAAAAAGAUCUUGAAUUUUAUGUUUAAAUGCUUGAAUUUGACCAAAAUCUUAUUUAAUAAAAAUGCAAAUAAAGUACAAUAAAUAACACAUUUCUGUAAAAAAAAAGAAGCAAGAUAUUCUUUUUGUUGAUUUAUCAUAAAAUAAAGAAAGUUAACAAAAUAAUAAUUAUGUAUGACCACAUAAAUUGUAGCAUGUGUUACUCACAGGUUAUGGUGUAUUUACAGGGCUAGCUCUGGGUGAGCAAAAUAUUUCGCCAAAUUGUGUAUUAAACUUCAAAAAUUGCA